AUGACUCCCCAGGCCGUCAAGUACUUUUACCAAUGGGGCCUCAAAGAAGACAUACUAGCACAAUGCGUGAGAGUACAGAAGACAUUCAUCCGGGAUCACGAAAGUGGAUCAACUAUCGGCGUUUUGAAUGUGGCAGACCUGGAAAAGCAAUAUGGGGCUCCUUACAUAGUUCUUCACCGCUCAACAUUGCAUGAUAUCUUGCACAAGCACGCCAUUCGUUCCGGGGCAAGAUUAAUGCUAGACAGCAAGGUCACUGAGUAUGACUUCGAGAAAGGGGCGAUAGUGCUGAAGAAUGGAAAAAGGAUGGAGGCAGAUCUUGUAAUUGCUGCCGAUGGUAUCAACUCCUUCGCACGUUCGCAACUUCUUCAGGAUGCCGACCCCGGAUCCCAACCAACAGGCUGGGCCGCAUUCCGAAUGAUGGCCGAAGUCUCUAGAAUCAAAGACGAUCCCCAACUGAAAGACCUCGGUAUCGAUAUUCCUUGCAAUUCCAAUUUCUGGAUUGCCCCAAAUAGGUCUUGCAUGACUUAUCAGAUUAAAGAUGCCACCAUGCUAAAUAUUGUUCUCUCUCAUCGCGAUACCGUUGACGCUUCGGCUCUCAGCUACGAAGAGCACAAGGCAAUGGUCAAUGAUCUUUUUGAAGACUUCAAUCCAAUAACCCGGAAGCUUCUCGAUAUUUCGCUUCCCAAGAUAGUGAAUUAUCCCGUUUAUGCCGUCCCUCCACUCCCAAAUUGGACGCACGCAUCAGGUCGUUUCACCCUUGUCGGCGACGCCGCACAUGCCAUGGCCUUUUACUUAUCAAUGGGAGUAAGUCUUGCAGUGGAAGAUGCAGUCUCGCUCGCCACAGUCCUGGAUCUUGCACUUCCAAACCCCGGCACUGCGCCCGAAAAAGUCCAAUUGAAAGCUGCGCUCUCUGUAUUCGAAGAAGUACGGAAGCGGAGAGCAACUGCUGUACAGAAAGCAAGUCUUCGCGGAGGAAACUCCUAUCAUAUCCCGGAGGGCAAAGAGCGCGAUGCAUUGCAUACAAUUAUGAGCCAUCCCGAUGAGAUUCUUGAAGUGUCCAUGGAGGACUUAGAGGAUGGUGUGGACGGCCGUGAUGAAAUUUCAAGUGCUGUUGGUGGCAUGAUGAAUCGAAAGACUAGAGACUGGUGUUACGGAUACGAUGCGAUCGGCGAAGUGACCGCGGUUUGGAAUUCUAAAGCCAGAUGA